UUGUCAUAUUCAUGGUUGCCUGGGGAUCCGAGAGCAGUUUCAUGAAUAUUACUAUAAGAAUAGAUUGUUACAAUUGAAUUCAGAUUUGGAAAUAUCUUCGGCGCAACCUUUCGUUGAAUCAUAUCAGACAUUUUUGGCUCAAAUUGUUGGGUACUUCAUAGUGGAGGAUAAGGUCCUGAGGACUGGUGGUGGGCUACUAGUACCUGACCAGGUUGAAACUAUGUGGGAAACUGCUUUGGCAAAAAUAACAUCAAUGUUGGACGUGCAAUUCUCCCAUAUGAACUCUGCCACCCAUCUUCUCCUAGUUAAGGAUUAUGUUACUCUUCUUGGGUCUACUCUUAGACAAUAUGGAUAUGACAUUGGUCAACUUCUUGAUGUGCUUGAUAAUAGCUGUGACAAAUACCAUAGACUUCUUUUAGAAGAAUGUCGGAGCCAAACUCAAGAUGUUCUUGGCAACGACUCAUAUGAGCAGAUGGUGAUAAAAAAGGAUACUGACUAUGAGAAUCAUGUUCUGUCAUUUAAUAUUCAAACAUCUGAUAUUAUGCCUGCUUUUCCAUAUGUUGCACCAUUCUCCUCCAUGGUGCCUGAUGCUUGUCGCAUUGUGAGAUCCUUCAUUAAAAGCUCUGUUGAUUACUUGUCUUACGGUGUACGUACUGGUUUCUUUGAUGUUGUGAGAAAGUAUUUGGACAAGUACCUGAUUGAAGUAUUAAAUGAAACUUUACUAGAUACAAUAAAUAGUGGAAAUAUUAGUGUGUCUCAAGCCAUGCAGCUUGCUGCAAACAUAGCUGUUCUUGAAAGAGCUUGUGAUUAUUUCCUUAGACAUGCAGCUCAACUGAGCUGUGUCCCAGUUCGAACAGUUGAGAAGCCCCAAGCUACUUUAACUGCAAAGGUGUUACUGAAGACUUCGAGGGAUGCAGCUUAUAUUACUUUGCUCAGUUUG